AUGCCGCAAUUGUCAUUAAAUAAAAAGCUAAAAAUAACUUGGUAUUCUGCUGAAAAAGCAAAUAAUGAAUUCUCAUUUGUUGAUAUUAAUUUUUGCCUUAAAAUAAAUCAAGAUGAAACGAAUCAACAAAUUCAUACUGAAGUCCAAUCGCAAGUUAAAAAAAUAAUAUUUACUUUUUGUCUCUCUGAACAUUGUAAUCAUAUUCUUAAUCUGAUAGCUAAACAUUUUAAUCAACAUCCUUUUAUUUCUGCAUUUGAUAAGCAAUAUUAUUCCCCAAAUCAAAUCUGUGAAGCUGUAGUUAGGGAAAUAUAUAUAUAUUGCAAAAAUAAUAAUCUUAAAUAG